AUGAUGCACUGCUUCGUGUCAACUGACAUUGUGCACUGCUGCGUUAUAUCAGAGAGUAUUUAGAUUAAAAGACUUUGGUUAUAUACUGACCGUGAGUUGGCAAAGCUAGUUAAAUUAGCUCACGCGCACAAUUGUUGAAUUCGUCUCGCGCACAUCAUGAGUGGCAUGAGGACUAUUCUGUCCUCGAUCGGGCUGGUCGGGGUUGCUGGUAUCGGGUAUGGUAUGUGGGCUAUGAUUUCACCUGGAGAAGAGAGGAAAAGGGAAUUAUUAAAGAAUCUUCCCGAGGCAAACCCUGUCCGUAUGGAGGAGUCCAGGAGGAGAAAUGCUCUCAUGCUGCAAGUUCUGAAGGACGCUGCAGAGACUAAUGAUAACAUUGCACGUGGAUUUGGGAGUCAGAAAUGAUGAAUGUGUGUCUUCACAAAUAGACUGUCACAUUCCACUUGCAAUCUGUACAUGCAAUGGUGGAGAAGGAUGAAGGCGUGACUUAUUUAAAACAAGUUGUCAAUUAACAGUGAAAUAAAUGAUCUGAACAGGCAUUUGAUUUCACGAUAGUCACCAUGUCAUACAUUGUAAUAUAAAUUACAUGGAUGGAGACUGCCAUCCAUGGCAUUAUGUUCUGUCAAAUCUGGAAAUUACUGUAAAUAAACGUGGGGAAAUCUGCUAUUUACUGCAUUGCUCUACA